GCAAUUUCCCAAAUAUUUUGGUAUUUUUAAAAAUGAUCCAAAAGAAUACUUUGUGGGGGUAAAUUUGGCGGUGUGGACGUUCUGUUGCUCAUCCUUGCGGAGGGUAGGACGAAAAUUUGAGAGUAACGGCGACGCUGCAACUUUUCUCAGUUUAUCAGCCAUCAUUGUCAAGCUACAAACAUGAGUGAAGAAAAUAACUCAAGUUCAGAAUCCGUCUCAAAUCCUCAAGUUAUGUAUCGUUGUAAGAAGUGUCGUAGAAUUGUUGCCACGCAGGAGAGUAUCAUUACCCACGAACGAGGAAAAGGUGAAUCAUGCUUCAAGUGGAAUAAGAGAAGUGGUAAUUCACAAGGAAUAGAGAACAAGCCAGCUGAUUGCACCUCCAUAUUUGUUGAACCAAUGAAAUGGAUGGAAACCUUGCAAGAUGGGCAUGUUGAAGAGAAACUUGUGUGUAUUGGAUGCAAAGCUCGUUUGGGUUCCUUCAACUGGGCUGGAAUGCAGUGCAGCUGCGGAGCUUGGGUAAAUCCUGCUUUUCAACUUCACAAAGGCAGAUUAGAUGAAUGCCUCAUGUGAAUAAACUAGAGAGAAAAUAAAGUUAACUUGCUAGUUGUUGGUAUAGGUCUUGUAAAGGGCUCUUGCUUCUUUUCUUUUCCUAGAACUAGAAAUCUAGCAAACUUGAUUUAGCAGAAUAUUGAAAAGUUCAAUAUUUGAUAAUUUGAAAACAGAAACCGAAGUUUGGAUUGUGGAAUAGGGAAUGCUGAUCAUGGGAAAGGAAAUUUUGAAUAUAAGAUAUUUGAGAAUUAACACGGAUGCAGUUAUUGUGCUGGAA